CUCGCUGUGGUUGCGGGAGGUUGCCAAACCCCCGACCGGCAUUUGACCGCGUCGUUGCCGACCAACCGGCAUGCGAACGCAACCCUACCGACUGAUCGGCUUGUGACCCCACCGAAUAAGGGGCCCACGGCAGUCGCCCCUGGCGAUGUGACCAACCCGUUGCCGGUCUCUCGGUGGGCACAACCACGCAAACCACUCGUACUGACAGCAACAACUCACGAACAACUCGCGACGGAAGCGGAGACAAUCCUUCGAUACCUCCUGGUUACAGACAACUACGAUUCCGUUAACAACUUCAUCUCUCUCUAUGACGAGUUUACCAAAACCCAAGAGGCCUUAUUUGACCUAUUCAAACGGUAUGCUCCUCCAAUCAGGAGUAAGAAGCAUACGUGUGUGGGUUUGGGUAUUGAGCUGAUCCGAAGGUUGAGAGUUCUUGAUAAGAAAUUUCGAGGGUUCAAUGCGGCGAUGGGGCUUGUUUCCUGUGAGGAAGCAGUGGUGGACGUGCAUGAUUACGUGACCAGUGGGCCUGGGCCUGAGAGCGUGGCGAUGGCGGAAAAGGAGCACGUAAUGGUGGCCAUUCAGGUGGUUGUUGACGGAAGAUCUGGAGUCAUGCUUGCGGAUCCUGGGUACCAUGUGCCGAGGAUUGUCACUGUCAUGGCUGACCGCGCUUAUCCUCACACUGGUUGGUUCUCACAAUCUGAUGAGCCACACUGCAGGAAGGAGUAUGAAUACAGUUUCAAUCCCCAAAACAGUGCAUACGUGGAAUGGCAUGAACGCGUGACCCGAGGGACCACUGUCAAGUAUCAAACUUCUCUUGUAUAUGUGGGCAGACCAUACCUCGAUGGAGUCAAUGUUACGGAGAGGAGAAAUUUGGUGUAUAACUUCAGGAGUCUACUGGCCCGGGACCAAAAAGGACACCUCAUAGCUGGUCUCUACUUCCCCGUGGGAGGGAAAGGAAAAGAUGCCAUGUUCACUCUCUUCUUCGACAACGGAGAAAAGAGAAAGGCCAAAUACAAGUUCAGCAUUUUCUCUGAUCCUGAUAAUAUACCAAAAACCAUCUUGGAAGAAGUGGACCUCUGCAACAAACUGAUGAAUUACAAACCCGGUGAACUCCUGCGCAUCAUCUCAAAACUAGCUAAAGUCAUAUCAGACCAAUCAUUCAUUGAUCAACUCUUGGAGAUCAAUGAAGAAAUUUGCCGCCUUUGUCUCUGACGACAGCAAAAUGUCGGCGCUCGCAAAAUGGCCGACACUAAAUAAUUUUUUGAUUUUAGCAUAAUCACGUAUUUUUCUCAUUUUAUUCGGUUUAUGGGUUAAUCCUAGACUAGUUUUCUUUAUUUAAAUAUACUAUCCGCAAGA